GUAUUAAGUUCCUUUUAAAUCUGGCUUGGUAACUCCAGUACACAGAGUCCAGAGUGAUCACUGAAUUUUGGCAACGUUGCUUUCUAUGCCUAUGUGUGCCCCCAGUUAAGUAGAUAAGUAAGAUCUAACUCAGAAGAUAAAACCUGGAGACCUGUUACCCACAAAAGCAUAAGUGUUAUUCUUAGGUCAGCUGAGUCAAUUCAUAAUUAAAAGAAAAAGAGCAUUUCCAAUAUCAAAGGGUGUCUUCCUAUCCAGUAUGAAAAAUAUGGAAAAUUAAACAGUUGUAUAUACAGUUUUCUGUAUAACUAGUUCCUUUAUUUAAGUAAUUAACCAAACAUAAGAAGUCUAUGAAAUUAAGGAUCCAGAAAGGAGGUACAUCAGCUUCACGAGUUUAAACUUUCAUUUACUGAGAGAAGUACCAUCUUCAGUAAAUCCUACUCAAAGUAACAGAGGAGCCUUGAAAUUUCAUGGUUUUCCGUACACCCCAAACCUCAGUGUUACAUAUCUCCUCAGCAGUUUAUAAACUCUGCAGUCUUUAUGUGAUAACGUCGUAUCACAGAAAUACUCAAAAUAGCAUCUGCUGGUUCAGUCCCCAUCUGGACUCAAAAGCAAGGUUUCAUCUGUUUUCUGAAAUACUCAGUAAACUUCAUCCCUACUAUGUAAUCAACACAGGACAGAAGGAUUCAGCGUUCAUGCAAAGGAAGAGAGCACACAGUACAAAAUCUCCUACUGCAUGUGCAAAUGCAAUUUGUCAGGAUUUCCAAUAAUCACCCAGCACAUGAUAAGAAAGGCACUGUAAAGCACUGUGCUCCAGUCCGUUUUAACGGACUACCUAUUCAGGCACAACUUGUGAGAUGCAGUUUUCUGUUAAGAUACUCAAUGCACAGUUUUUAAGAGAGAAACACCAGAGAAAUGAUCACCAAUUAAGACACAAAAAGUGCGUGACUGAAAAAUAUGGAAAAAAAAUGUAUAAAAGCUAAAUCUUUACAAAGCAGUAAAAAUCAGGAAUCCCAGCUGAGAUUGGUAUUUUGCUAGGGCCUGUUAUCAGUGUCUGAAAAAGUUAAUGCCUCUCUAUCUACCUAAAGACAGAUUUACUAGAUCUUGAUUAUCUUCCCAGCGCCCAUCAAAUUCUUGAGACUGAUAUCAAAUUAUUAUUAUUUGGGCUUUAAAAAAUGAGGCUAGAACCAGGGUUUCAGAAUAGAUUAAGUUUCAGGCCAUUAAAAGCUUCCAAUUGCCAAUAUUCCAGAAAAGUAACAACUGACAGAGCAGAAAACAUCACUAAGGGCUUCAUACAUUUAUUAGACCACAACACUGCAAACUAGGGUUUGCAAAUCUUUGAACACAAACUUUAGACCUCUUCCUUCAGAAACUACAUGCCUGGAAUGGAAGCGGUUUUACUAAGGAAUUAUUUUUGUUAGGUUUCCGUUGUUGUUGUUUAAUUCAUAGCAAGGUUCAGGCUUAUUCAGUUUUCUCCAGCCAAACACUACUCAUACCUCAGGAUUACACAGGCUGACGUAGCUCUAAAUACCUGGUGAGAAACAUGACUGUUUCUGCCUGCGCUGUCUGCAGCGCUGCUCUUAAACCCUCUAUUUAAACAACCUGGUGGCACGCAGGCGUUAAUCUGGGGCAUAAAGAGGAAAACCCAUGCGGGACGAUGGCAUUCUCUGGACCAGUAAGGAAGGCAGCAUACACCAGCAGAAGGUUUUGCUGAGAACUACAGCAGGAGAUAUUGAUAUAGAAUUGUGGUCAAAAGAAGCUCCAAAAGCAUGUCGAAAUUUUAUUCAGCUUUGUAUGGAAGAGUAUUACAAUAAUACAAUAUUUCACAGAGUAGUGCCGGGUUUUAUAGUGCAGGGAGGUGAUCCCACUGGUACUGGGUCAGGUGGAGAUUCAAUCUAUGGAGCUCCCUUCAAGGAUGAGUUCCACUCACGAUUGCGAUUUAAUCGAAGAGGACUUGUUGCUAUGGCAAAUGCUGGACCCCAUGAUAAUGGCAGUCAGUUUUUCUUUACGUUGGGUCGUGCAGAUGAACUUAACAACAAGCACACGAUCUUUGGAAAGGUUACAGGAGAUACAAUAUAUAACAUGUUGCGGCUAGCUGAAGUGGAAGUUGACAAAGAAGAAAGACCACUCAGUCCACAUAAAAUAAGAAGUAGUGAGGUUUUGUUUAAUCCCUUUGAUGAUAUUGUUCCAAGACCAAAUAGAAAGCUGAAGAAGGACAAAGCAGAAGAAGAAGAUAAAAAACCCAAAGUAAAAGGCACAAAAAAUUUUAACCUGCUUUCCUUUGGUGAAGAAGCUGAAGAAGAAGAGGAGGAAGUCAACAGAGUUAGUCAGAGCAUGAAGGGAAAAAGUAAAAGUAGUCAUGAUCUUCUGAAGGAUGAUCCACAUCUGAGCUCAGUUCCUGCUGUCAAAAGUGAUGCAGCAAAUGAAGAGAGGUAUUUGAGUGAAGAAGAAGAUGAAGAUGUUGACAGUGUAGAAGGUGAAGUUGCUAGCAAUGAGAGAUUUCAAAUGAAAGAACGCAUAGCAAAAAAGUUGAAAGUGGAUACAAAUGAAACUGUUAAACUGCAACUUCAAGAGGAAGAAACUAAGAUGGAAAAGAAAGUCACCAGUCGCAGGCAUCAAGUUUGCUUAAAACUGGCAGUUUCUGUGAAAUCACUAGCUUAUAGUAGCCAGUUAAAAAAACCUGCAACGGAACAUCUGUGUGAAGAGCUACGGAAAGAAGCACGACAGCUGAAACGUGAACUGCUGGAAGCAAAGCAGAAAAAGGAAGAGCAAACUUUGAAACCCAAAGAAAAGGAAGAAGAGGAACCUGCACCAAAUAGCGUUGUUGAAGAGUACCUUCAGGAGAAGAGAAAAUAUGAAGACAAACGGAAGCAGCAGCCGAAGAAAGGAGUUUCCCGUGAAGAUCAGACACUGGCACUGCUGGACCGAUUUAAAUCAAAGUUAACCCAAGCAAUUGAAGAAACUCCUGAAAAUGAGAUUUCUGAAUCUGAAGUAGAUACCGAUGAAGGAUG